CGAAGCCAACGAACCAUGAAAGCACGGUGGUGGUGCAGCAACGCUCGCAGUGCCCAUAUAGAUUGUCGCGUUGCACGCGGUCGUCAGUUUUCUAAGGUUCCUAUUGAAAUCAUCAUCAAGUCGUCACCAAAAGUCACAAUGAGACUAUUCCAGGUUCCACUGUGUACGCUGAUAUCGUUAUGUACGGCACAAGUUCUAUACACAGAGGUGAAUCAGGAAGUUAACCAGAAAACCGGUCUAGGUCACGUUCGAGAAACAAGGCAAGCUCAACAAACAAAUUAUAGACCUUACUCGCAAGCACCAGCGCAGAUAAAAAAUUUGCUUCAAUAUCAGCAAGCUCGUGAGCCAAUAGUGAAUAUUCCUCAACAAGCUGUGCCACAGUUGACUCCUGGCCAAGGUAAUCAAGGAGGGCCUCAGGUACAGACAGUAGCUCCAGGUACAGGAUAUCGUCCUAAUGUGCAAUUUGGACAGGCUCCUCAACAGCCAACAUAUAAAAAUUCUCAACAUCCAGCCUAUAAUCCUCAGCAAUCAGCCUAUAAUUCUCAGCAGCCAGCUCCAUAUGCACCGCAGCAACAAGCCAAUCUACCACAGCAACAAGCAUAUGCUCCUCAGCAGCCAGCAUAUAGACCACUUCCUCAACAACCAGCAGCUCCAGCUUACAAUCCUCAAUAUCAGCCACAAGCAGCCGCUUACAAACCUCAGCCAAUCUCAGGACCCCAAGGAGAACAAAGGCCUAACUAUUCGAAAAAUAUUCCUCCAGAGAUUCAGCAAUUGAUUCAAGCUCAACAAAAUCAACAAGGUUAAAAAAUGUCACUUAAAAAAAGACACUUUAAGGUGAGUAAGAAAAUGAAAUUCCUUCCAAUUAUUGUUGCAUAAUGCUGCAAUAAUUGAGUCAGUCAUAGAAGCAUAGUAUUAGUAUAAUUAAUUAUAUUGUAGUAUCUUUGAAUGCUUUCAACACAUCAGAACUCUGGUUAAUUUGUGAAAUAAAAAACCUGUUGAUACCACGUAGGAUCGUUUUUAUGAUGUCAGAAUAUAAAAACAUUGGUGUACAUUUUUUCGAACUUAAAACAACACAGAAUUUGACAUUUUGAUGAUUGAGCCCAUAUUUUAAAAUGCUUGAAAUGUGUAUUGAAUGGUAGCAAGUCAGAAGUAUUAAAAAAUAAUACUUUUUUGCUUAAUUAUUUACUGAAUUAUAAACACGGGAGGUAGGUGUGCAAAUAUGGAUCGGGUUGCAGAAAUAUAUAUUUUGUCACUUGAGGAAUCAGGAUAUCAUCGCACCACCGCAUCAGUGGUUCAGUGGUCCUUCUCUGUCACCGUUCUCCAAUGUAGCAAAGCUCUCCCUCCAGGUUGAAAACCCCCUCUUCAAUCUCUCUUUUAACUAUUUUUCUCUGAAUCUUUUCACCGUGUCAGUUUAUCCUGCGUAAAAUUACACGUCAACCCGCCCCUGCGUCUGUAUGGCUGCAGUCACCACCACCAACACCAUUUCACCUAUCCCAGAUUUCUAGUGUAUUCCUGAAUGACUGUAUUUAGGGUACCCUCUCUGACAAACAGGGAAGAUUAGCGAGUCCAUUAAAGUCGCGGACUCUAUUAUCCAUAGGGUACAGCCAGGAUGACAUCGAGUUGCAUUGGCGUAGCCGUAGAAUUUUCCGCUAUGACUGUGGAACAAACUGCUAUUCAGUCGAACUAUCUCACCCUACUAUAUCGAAUAGAAUAACAAUUAACUGUCCACUCUGCAUCUUAACAACUGUUAAUUUCCAUUAUUAAUUUUUAAACAAUUCUUUUGUCUUAAUCUUGACUCUUUUCUUGUUUAUUUGACAAUGAUGGCUCCUUGAACUUUCUUAUCUUAGAACCCUUCUUAUACAGCGAUUCGAAAGCGAGAUAUGUCAUUUUACAUUGAAGAUGAAUAAGUAGGCCUAAGUAUUUUUUUGUCGUAAAAAAUGAAAAAUUCCGCUUUCAAAGCCUAUGGACUAUUAGACGCUGAUCGGCACUGUGCGGUGCGGCGAAAGGCAGAUAAGAUCGUUUCUUUGCGGAUGUUUUGGGAUAGAGAUGAGUUUCCCGGUAAACGGGGCCUAGCGCGGCCCGCGCCACUGCAGGCAGGGGGUCACGGAGGCAAAUUACAAAGGGAGGAUUAUACGAGCAGCUGGGCUGGCCUAAACAGCAACCGUCUCUUUUGGGUCUCGCGAUGCUAGCCUGCAUCCAUCCUGCAUCCUGCAUCUAUGGCCGCUCAAGAGUACCUCUUUUGUCCUUGAACGGCAUUGGUAACAUAAUUAUUGAAGUUAUAACAAGCCAAACCCGAGCUGUCGCUUCUGAAGGGGUCGCAUGUGACGAGUGGUAAAUCACCGAUACCACGAGACUUAAGUGGAUCAGCGGCACGAUAAAAUUCUAAUGUAUUAAUCACUACUUGUACUUUUUGUACUAGUUUAUUUAAUAAUUUUUAUAAUUAAUUUCUGCAAAUAUAAACUAAAUUUCAAACAUCAGAUGAUUUGACCAUAUUUUGAUUCAAAAGGCUCUAACUGCAAGAUUAGUUUUUACUUUCAUCUUGCUUAACAGAUAUUAGGUACGUUAAGUAUUUUUUCGCUAUAGCGGUGCGGUUUUUUAAAAUACAACUGUGAUUACGGAAUAAAUAAUUUUUGCUAAAAAUAUACGUUUGAGAGAUGAGGUUAAUCGAGGGUUAGAAAAAAAUAGCUGUUAUUACUGGACCAAUUUUCAGUUGAGAUAUCAUUUGCUACCAACUUGUAAUUGCCACCUAUAUAGUAUGCGAAGAUCAGCUACAUGAUGAUUAGAAAAACUGUACAAAACACUGUAUUGGAUAUCAAUUUUUACUAAAUUUUUUGUAA